CUUUGGUCGUCUUAUCUUUGGUGGUGAUUAUCCAAUGAGACAGGACGGUCCGUUGAGGUACGUCUCGACUUGGCUAAGUGGCCUGGGCCCGCCAGCCAUUGACAUGAUGGGCUUUCUCGUCGGGGAUGACUGCGUGGAUGAAGUUCCCAUGGAUUCUGCUGCCUUUUUGGCCACUGGCUUGGGUUAUAUACAGAUAGCAGAUUCUUUAAAGCAGCCGGUAUUGAAGUUGCUCGAGAAUGCCGGAGUGAAACAUGUGGCUAUCAGGGAGGAGUCCGGCGUCUUCAAGGUCGACUGUGAGGAUAUUGAGUACUUGCCAUCUAUUACUCUUUUUCUCAAGGGUUUGAAUGGUAGGAAAACUCCUCUCGUGAUUUCUCCAAAUAGUUUGAGGACCAAACUCGUAGAUGGGCAGUGCGCGCUGGCCUUGACUUUCGGUGAAUUGUGGUAUCUUGGACUGCCUGCGGUCAUUGGCAAGUAUUUCAAAGUGAACGAAACACAUAUCGGAUUCACUAAGGCGACUUGUGCCUGAAACCUUUCAUGAUUUCAAUCGUCGCGGUCUUUUUCAUCUGCGGAUAUGUUUCCCAGUCUUCAAAACAUUCUUUCUGCUCGUCUCCUUUUGCUACGACUUCUUGGUCCUUGUCCCCAAAGUUUCCCCUUGGUCGUUGUCUCGCUUAUCCCAUUGUAUGAGUCUCAUAGAUUAUGUUAUG